AUGCCACCCGAAGGAAGAACGGGUACUGGGAUACUGCCAAGUUGCCCAAGCCUUGACAGGGUUUUGAAUGUUAAGAUAUUCUCUCAGGUUUCUGGGAUAACUCAUGCUUCGCCAAUUGUUUCUUUGUCGAAUCACUCAGUGUCAGUUCACGGGAUUCGUCCGUUUGCAAUGGCUUCUGCGAUUAACUUAGACUAUCUACCCGCCGUCAAAAUGCUACUACACGCUGCUAAACACCCGGCUUAUGCUGUGAAUGGACUUCUCGUCUGCCGACAACAGGACGCUCUCGAAAUGAAUAUUGUUGACUACGUCCCACUGUUUCAUUCACCUCUCACCCUAACCCCCAUGCUUGAAACAGCGCUGUAUCAGAUUGAAUCAUAUUGUACCAUGUCUCAGCUCAGAAUUUGCGGUUAUUUUCAAGCCAAUGAACAUCUUCACGAUAACAUGCCGACCCCCUUCGCCUACAAAAUUGCAGAAAAAUUGAAUGAGAAAUCCGGUCCAGCCUGUCUUAUAAUG